AUGGUGCGUAAAGGGGAGUCCACAGGCGCCCUCCUUAGGACUCUGUCCGAUUCGCUCCGCUGGCGUUUCUUCCGAGCCCUCACAAUGGCGGCGGCGGCAUGCCGUAUCGCUGGAGCCGCCAUCCGCAGAGAUGACUAUGUUCGCUCUCAUUCAUUAGAGGGGUGCGGGGAGGGUGCAAGACGUCGCGCGCCGCCCGACGAUAUCGAUUUUGUCCCAUCCCCCUCCCGCGCCGCCUCCACACCCCCGCUCUCAGCAUCCGACCUCGAGUGCUCUCCUCUCGCGCCUACGGACACCUCCGACAGAAACUACGCCUUAACGACA